AAAUUUCAAAGUUUCCGGCAAAGCAAGCGAGUAAACAGGUUGAAGACAGACAUUAAUCAAACGUGACAAAAAAUAUACAGGAUUCGAAUCCCAAAGCGAGUUUAGAACAGUCGCGAUUUAAUCCUAGUAAUUUCCGGUUAUUUAUUUAAUUCAUAGAAAAGGGUUUGAUGCGUUUGCCGGGAAACAAAAGGAAGCAAGCGAAUUUGCCAAGGAAAUAUUUUAUCCCAUAAUCUGAUUGGAUAUCCUUACAAUUCCAAAAAUGAUAAUAUCUGCAAUAGUUCUGCAUCUGCUUCUUCUGUCACAUCAAACUGUUUCAGAGGAGCAGGUGCAGCGGUAUGUUACUGGAGAGAAGGGUGAGAAUACUACACUACAGUGUCUUGACCAGCCAGUUAAUGCGUCUUCACUUCUUUAUCGUUGGAAGAAAAAUGGGUCUGUUCUUGUAACCCAAAACCCCUUGAAGCCAUCAGAGCAUCUUUCCAUUACAAGCAAUGGCUCUCUUUGGAUCAGUGGCCUUCUGUAUAUCGAUGGAGGCCAGUAUGAAUGUGAAUCCCAAACAAAGGAUAACAGCUCAUGGCAAACCCUCUCAAACAUCCUGCUUCGAGUUGCAGAGGGUCCAACUAGCGUCUCACUGGCCGUACAACCAGCAACUCUCUUACAGAAUGGAACAUUAUAUGUCAAAAAAGGCUCAGAUGUGUAUUUUAACUGCUCCAGUGAGUCUUUUCCCUCACAAAACUUGACGUGGACUGUUGAAGAUUUGGCGCUGGACAGUUAUGACAGGGCAUCUGGGAACAAUUCGUUCCUUGAGUUCUCCAUAAAAAACAUCCAACCAAGCGAUCAAGGGAUAUACAGCUGUACAUCCCAGAAUACACUCUCCAAGACAACUGCGAACAAGAGACAGGAGCUGCUAGUUUACUAUGCUCCGGAGAGUCAUCCAGGGUGUAGUUGGGAGAUCGUAAACGAGCCAUUGGAUGUCUUGUUCAUAUGUAGCUGGUAUGGAGGUUACCCUGUGCCCACUCUGGACUGGCAUGAGGUCCUUGAAGAACAUGUGAUAGCCAAGGGUCCCACAGUCAACUCCACAUCCCAGGAGACAGAACGCUUGGAGGUCCAUGUGAAUGGGUUUAUACUGCACAGCGGAGAGGAAGUGAAGUGUAUUGGACAUCAUGUGACUGGAGUGGAGAAAAAUUGCUCCUUUAAGCUCAAGAAGCCAUAUCCCUUAGGAGAUCCCAUGGUAACCGCUUUGGUGGGCAGCAAUAUCACCCUCAGCUGUACUGAGACCGAUUCAAUGCCACCAGCUAAGACUGUCUGGAUGCAAAAGGACAACAAAAUCAUCAACACCACCUCCAAAUAUAUUGUGUCUGAUAAUAACCCCAACUACAAACUCACUAUAAUCAAUGUAACUAAGGAAGAUGCAGGGAUCUACUACUGCUACAGUAUAAACCCUCUUGGUCCAAAAGAACUGGAAGUGUAUCUUACUGUGAAGACUUCUGCAGGUAAUAAAGGGGCCAUGGUUGGUGUCUUUGUUUCUGUUUUUAUAAUGAUGAUUGGAAUCACUAUUGGUGUGACAGUAUAUUCAAGGCGGGAUAGAAUUUGUAUUGGUUUAGGAUUUAGUCAUUUAGAUGAUGACACAGGGGAUAUACUGAGUUUAGUGGAUUCAGAUGAAGAGGAAAUUUUCCAUGAAACUGAACUCCCUCCGCUGUCAAACGGACAUGCUACCACACUUGUAGAGAUUCACAGAAGACCAUCCAGUGAUCAUGGAGAUAACGCAGACAGUACGGUACAACGUAACGAUCAAACACAUCCAGAACCAGCACAACAGACAGAAGACUGUUAGUUAUCAAUUUAAAUGUACAGAAAAUCAAUUCUUCCAAAUGGUCAGCUCUGCUAAAUUAUCUGUUUGUGUGUUUUUGUGUGAUAUUUUCCUUGUAUAAUAUUCCAGCAAUCUGUGUAAAGUCUAAAGGUCUUAAACUCAUUUUAGAGGCCCUGUUUUUAUUUUCAGUAUUAGUUUUUAACAUACUGGCCUCGAUUCAUGAAAUUAAAACUUUUACUACACCAUGCUACAGUAUGUCAGUGAACUGUUACAAAAUGUUAUUGUUACUUGAACUGGUUUGAAUGAUGCUUUCUGUAAAAUUGUAGGGGUGAAUCUCAACAAAAUAUGUCUGGGUUAUAUUUCAUGGCAAAAUAUUAAUAAUAAAAACCCUCAAUAAUAUGAAGCCUAUUUUGUACCAUUGCAAUUUCUUUGCAUUGUAAAUUAAUUUUCAUUUCAGAUUUCCCUUGUAUUCUCAUUACUGUAAAACAUCCAGACAUUUUACUAACUUGUGUGUUUUGCAAUUUUCAUUUACUCAGUGGUGAUUUCUUGUAAUAGAGUAAUUAUAUUGUCCCUA